GUCGUGAGGGGAUCCGUCACGCAUUCCUAUUGGAUAAUCAAUUGACGGGUAGAUAUUCUUUGGUUUUCUGUUUAUCUAUCAAAUGCCGUGUAUCAGUUGAAGAAAAUUGAAUUAAAACGCUAAUUCAAUUACAGACUGCUGAGCAAUUCUGCAAUAUGAACCUUAGGAUACACUGGAUAGUGCUUUUUGGAGUUUUACUUUUAGGCAAUACCAGUUUCGGACAAGAAGAACAAGAUGAUGAAGAGGCGACAGUUGAGACUGUAGCAGAUGACAUAUUGUAUGACAGCCCCAAACCAGCUGAUCAAUCAAAAGUAUAUUUCCAUGAUCACUUUGACGAUACAGCAAACUUUAAUAAAAAAUGGGUUAAAUCAAGCGCAAAAAAAGAAGGCAUUGAAGAAGAUAUUGCCAAAUACGAUGGUGAGUGGGCUAUUGAAGAACCUGUAAAAGAUGGUUUAUUGGGCGAUAAGGGUCUUGUUUUGAAAUCAAAAGCUAAACAUGCUGCUAUCUCAUCAAACCUGCAUAAGCCGUUUGUGUUUAACACUAAGCCAUUGAUUGUGCAGUAUGAAGUUGUGUUGCAAGAAGGCCAAGAGUGUGGUGGUGCCUACUUGAAAUUGUUGAGUCAAUCUGCAGAACAUAAGGAUCUAAGUCAGUUUACUGAUAAAACCCCAUAUUCCAUUAUGUUUGGGCCUGAUAAGUGUGGCAAUGAUUACAAGUUGCAUUUUAUUUUCAAACACAAAAAUCCCUUAAAUGGAACCAUUGAGGAAAAGCAUUGUCAGAAACCUAAGGAGAGGUUGGAAGAAAUUUACGACGAUAAGUUGCCACAUUUGUACACUCUCAUUUUGAAUCCUGAUAACACUUUUGAAAUCAGAAUCGAUAAUAAGAUUUUCAAUUCUGGAAGUUUGCUUGAAGAUUUCGCUCCGCCUGUCAAUCCUCCGGCGGAAAUCGAGGACCCGGCCGACAAGAAACCGGAAGACUGGGACGAGCGCGAGAAAAUUCCGGACCCGGAAGCGGUAAAACCGGAAGAUUGGGACGAAGAUGCGCCGGCGCAGAUCGUCGACGAGAGCGCCACCAUGCCCGACGGCUGGCUGGAGAACGAACUGACUCACGUUCCCGAUCCGGAAGCCAAGAAACCGGAAGACUGGGAUUCCGACAUGGACGGUGAGUGGGAACCCCCCCUAAUUGAGAACCCGGUGUGCGCAGGCGCGCCCGGUUGCGGCACGUGGGAACCUCCCCUUAUCAACAACCCCGCUUUUAAGGGAAAAUGGCGCGCCCCCUACAUUGACAAUCCAAACUACAAGGGCAAAUGGAGGCCGAGGACCAUCCCCAACCCCGACUAUUUCGAGGACAAGCAUCCUUUUAAACUACCCACUGUUGGAGCCAUUGGUUUUGAACUUUGGUCCAUGUCCAAAGAUAUUCUUUUUGAUAAUAUUAUUAUCACUGAUGAAUACUAUGUUGCUGAGCAAUGGGCAGCUGAUACUUUCUCAAAGAAGAGGCAGAAGAUUGCUAAAGACUCUGUAACAUUUUGGGGCCGUAUGAUGCGGGCGAUGAAUAACCGACCAAAAACAUGGGGGGCAUAUUUCAUAUACUGCUCGCUACCCGUCAUCGGUUACAUUUACUAUUUGUUUCGGUGCGUCAAGGAGGUACGCCGUCUUUACUGCCAACCUUGUAUCGCCAGACAAUCACCUAAAAACAAUGUAGAAACAACAAGUGUUUAUUUUGCAUUUUUUUUCUUGUAUUAGGAGAGCGUAUUCCAAAAGCUAGCCAACUUCACCAACGACUAUCCCGCCAUGUGGGGAGUUUACAUUUUAGUACUUGGCAUCCCUGUAGUGUUUGUACUUUACCUUUGCUUUAAGCCUAGUUCUUCGUCCAGUUCUCAAGAGGAGAGAGAAGAACAAAAGCAAGCUGCUGAGAAGAAAAAGACUGAUGAAGCGACUGAAGAUAAGGCAGAAGCUGAAGAGGUAGAAGCUGAAGAAGAAGAAGAGGAUGAAGAUGCAGAGAAGAAUUCAGAAGCAGACAGUGAGGAAGAUAAUGAGGCUGUGGAAGAAAAUGUACCUGCUGAAAAGGGUGAAGGUGCCAGGAAGCGUAAAGUCCGAAAAGAUUAGAUUAAUUAGAUUUAGAUUUUUUUAUUAAAAUUUAAUAAUUUAAUAAUUAAUUAUUAAGAAAUAGGUUUUUCUUUAUUGUUUAUAUUUAUUUGAUAUUUUUCAGUUGUUGUGUUUUUGAGGUAAUUUGUAUAUUAUUAAGAAGCAAAGUUGUAGCUGUAUAGGGUGGGCCAUAUAUGAUGACCUGAAAUAUUUUGUUAUGUGGUUCACCCUGUAUAAUGUUCAAAAUAAACUGUGUUGUGUUCUAGUAAAAUGAAUGUACAUAUUUAUUUAUCAGUAGUACUGUUUUCUAGUAUUUUUAAGUAAGGUUUUUAAUAAAUUUUUACUCAGGACCAAAUUUGCUUUGUUCUGAAAAUAAAGUGAAUAAUU